AUGCAUAAUGGAUACGUUUUGAUGCUAAUUGCGAUUGUAGGGGGGUGGUCAGAUCGCUUUUUUUUUUUUUCCUGUACCGUUAAGAAUUAUAAUGACAAAACGGAUAGUGCGUUAAGCUCAAGUGGAAUUUUAAAAAAUAUAGUUAAGCACGCACCUAGAAUAAGCGCUAAGGAGAUAAAUGAAAGUGAAAUAAAAAUAGCGAAAAUGGCACAUGAAGACGAAAAUAGAAGACUUGAAAAAAUGGAGAAAUGUGUAAAAGAUUAUACAUUACCUUGCCCAAAAUUUUGGGAAAAAAAAAUUAUGAACAAGUCAGAAAAUGUGUGCAUAGCUAGUUCAGGAUAUAACGGAUUUUGUGACCCUCUUCAAUCAUUUGACAAUUUUACACAAAAUGAAAAAAUGGAAUUUGAAACAAGUUGUAAUGUAGAAUGGGGUUGUAAAAAUGUAGUGAAAGAUUCAUGUGAAAGUGGAAAAAGAAAUUAUAAUGAACCUUGUCCAGAAGGUUUUAUAUUACAAAAUGACAAUACUUGUAAGGCUGAUAUAACUGUUUAUAAAGGUAUGUGCAGUACUGAUAAAAUAAAUUUUAGUUACCUGACCAGUUCAGAAAAAAAAAAUUGGAGUGUUGCAUGUGAAGCUUAUUGGCCAUGUUAUAUCAACUGCACAUCGAAUAACCAUUUUUUAUCGACAUGUCCAUCAAAUUGGAGACAAAUAAAUACAUAUGAAUGUGUACCACCUGAGAGUUACAAAGGACCAUGUAAAAAAGCAAAAAAUUUUAAAUUUUUUACAAAAUCGAUGAAAAUUAAAUUUGAAGAAAAAUGUAAAGUUACAUUUGAAUGCCAUCAAUUUUGUGAAAAAAAUUAUGAACAGGAAGAAUGUCCAUUAAAUUGGAUAAAAGAAAAGGGAUAUUGUUUAGCCCCAAAAUCUUUUGACAUGUGUGAUAAAAAAAAAUUAUCCUACGAAAAUUUAACAAAAAAGGAAAAAGAAAAUUUUGAGAGUGAAUGUUCAGUUCAUUGGCCUUGUCAAAAAACUCAUUUCUGUGAAAUGAAUUGGAAUUCUGAAUGUCCUCUUAAUUGGAAAAAGGAUAUACAAAAAGAACGGAAUACUCAAAGCAGUUAUGUCUGUAUUGUUGAUUCAUCAAUGUAUGAAGGAAAAUGUACACAUAUUUCUCUUCCAAAUACAGCGGAUGAAGAAACAAAAAGAGAGUUGGCUUCCAUGUGUGAUACCCCUUGGCCUUGUCUCCAUACACAUAUCAAUGGGGAGAAUAAAUUGUCUCCAUCAGAUUAUAAACUGAAUGAACAUGUAGUAUACACAAAUGAAAAUGGACCUCUAACAUAUGAAGGAGGGGUACGCCCAGUGCGUCGUACACCUGUCUAUCACAUAGUUGAUGAACAGAGGGAUUUUUCCUUUUCAGAUAUCAUGAGGUAA